AUGGAGUUAAAUAAAACUCUUAUAAGCCUUAUUCCUAAAGUUGUUCAUCCGGAGUUAGCAGACCAAUUCAGACCCAUAAGUCUAUGCAAUGUGAUUUUCAAGGUCAUUACCAAGCUGAUUGCGGAGCGGUUGCAGGGAGCAUUACAUCAAAUUAUUGAUCCAACUCAAUCUGCAUUUAUUCCAAAUCGGCUAAUAUCUGAUAACAUUCUAGCAGCACAUGAAAUUUUCCAUUCUAUUAAGAAGCAAAAGAAAGGCAAAGCCAAGUUUUUAGCACUCAAGUUGGAUAUGCGAAAGACAUAUGAUAGGCUAGAAUGGAGAUUUAUUGAAGUGAGGCUUCAUGAGGUCACAACUCUUAAGCAUUGCUUGGAUCUUUAUUGCAAAGCAACAGGACAAUUUACAAAUCUUCAAAAGUCUUCUCUUACAUUCAGUCCUAAUACUUAUGAAAGAUUCAAGCGUUGGUUUUCAAGAGUUUUAAAAGUGCCCUAUGGUGAUGGCCCAUCUACAUACCUGGGAUUACCGACUGACUUUGAAAUAUCCAAGAAGUUGGAUGCUCUAUUCCGAUCAAAUAAGAAGCUUGCAUGUGAGUCGCUUUCUAGAGCAUCUUUCCUUUGCCGGUAUCUAUGGUGUGCAAGGAAUGGUCUGGUUUUCAAUGUCAAGAUAUGGACUCCACAAGAAGUGAUAACGGUGGCGGAGAAGGCUUAUGUUGAAUUCACUACAACUAAUACAAGGGAUCAUCAACAAAAUGUAGCAAUGGGUGGGUCUAUUCAUGCACCAUUAGAGAAAUGGUCAACCCCAGCUCCGGGUUACAUCAAAGUUAAUUGUGACGCGACGCUUCCUUGA